CUGGUCUGUGGUCUCAGUGAAUUUAUUCCAAAUUAAUGGUGAUUUUAAUUCAGUCAAUCUAAAAUAUUUUGGUAGGUCAAUAGUUUACUUAUACAAUGUACUUGUAGCGUUUAAGUGCUCGUCAUGGUUUUUGCUCAUUUUGUGUAUUGAACACUCGCUAUGGCUUUGUUUACAUGCAUCUUUCAAACCUAAGCCCCAGAGCAAAAUCCAUGAGAACAGCUACAUAACCAAGUUGCAAAAGAAUCUAGUCACAGCCAUGGGCUGUAGCCAUAAGCAAUAAUACCUAUUAGAUUUGUUUUACCAUGAAACAACCUUUUUAAAGCUAUGCUGAAAUUGACACACAGUUUUUGCAGAUAUACCAGAGUAUCAUGUGAGAAUAUAAGUUAUAGCACUAUUGUGGAGAAAUUGACUCAUUUGAGUUGCAGAGACAAGACAUGUGCUACCUGGAACAACUCACAACUACUCAGUUCAAUUGUUCCCACCGACUUACAGUUAAGACUGUUGUCAAAUAUAAAGAAAAGAAUCAAGAAGUCACACAUCAUAGCAAAUGCUAUAAAGGCAAAUAAAAAAAUGAGUAAUCCCACAAAUCCGUCGGUAGCAAACUUCUGCUAUGGGGGUCCGUAUGAAAUUGCCAGAUCUUCAGAUGAGGACGAGGCAAGCAAGAGGCAAUCUGAUUCUGAUGGAAACAAAGAACAUACUUGUGUCAUUCCAACUGACUUCCGGAUAUGGGAGCCCGUGGGAAAGAGGAGUCAACGUUGUGAAGGAUUUAGAUUUAGGAUAGUGUCAUACAAUGUCCUGGCGCAAUACCUUUUAGAAUGUCAUCCAUAUCUGUACACGGCAUGCGGUCUGAAUAAUCUCAAGUGGAAAAUACGUGCUGUAAGAAUUUAUGACGAGAUACUGAGCCUGUCGCCUGAUAUUUUUUGCCUGCAAGAAGUCCAAGUAUCUCAUUUGAACAGUUUCUAUAAAAAAUUCGAAGAGAUGGGCUAUUGCGGCGUCUUUAAACAGAAAACCGGAGAGCGGCAAGAUGGAUGUGCGAUUUACUUCAAGAAAUCUCUUUUCGAUAUGAAAGAUCAGAUAAGUGUGGAGUUUUAUCAACCCGAGAUGCCAAUUCUAAACCGUGACAACAUUGGGUUAAUAGUGAAGUUGGCGCCAAAAUGCUCGCCCGAAACCCCCGUUGUCGUGGCCACGACCCAUCUCCUGUACAACCCGAACCGAACUGAUGUCAGAUUGGCCCAAUUACAAUUGUUGCUGACUGAGAUUGACAGAUUCGCUUAUAUCAACGACGGUAAAGAAUCGAAAUACCUGCCCAUAAUUUUGGCGGGUGAUUUUAACUCUACCCCCGAUAGUGCUGUUGUGGAUUUACUGGAUAGAGGAUUCGUCAGCGCGCUUCCGUUCAGAGAUAACUCUGACUGGAAAAAGAUCGGUGUCACGGAUAAGUGCCAGCAUCUGUCCGUGUAUUUGAACAGGAAGAAAGGAAUCGCCACCGAUUUUAGUAUGAUAAAGAUUCACAAUUCAGAUUACACGGCCGGCCCGGAUGACGUGAAUAUAGAUACGCAACAACAUAAGGAAUUGUUCAACGGCAAUGUCUUAGCGCAUUCCUUGAAUUUGAAGUCCGUGUACCACAGAAAGAAAAAGAACGGCCACUCAGAAGCUACCACUUUCCAAAAUUACUGGGUCACUGUGGACUAUAUUUAUUUUGGUGGUGGCAACUCUUUGAAGCUUGUGGAACGUCUCCGUUUACCUACCGUCACGGAAUGUAAAGUUCUUGGUCAACUGCCCAACCAUAAAUUCGGGUCUGACCAUCUGUCUCUUGCUGCUACCUUCGAACUGAGGCACGCGAAGUCUUCCCUUUGAAAUUCUUGACGUGGAAAGCAGACUUUAACUCAGAUGGACAUGGACUUUGUUGCCCAUACGGAUACACGCACGAUUGUCACAAAAUCAAAUACAGUGCGAAAUUGUUAAACUCGUUUUAUGGCUAAUGAUGAGCGGAACAUAAAAAUAGGGAUUAUUUCAUUCUGUCCCCCUGUUCUGGACCCACAGGGGGACGGACAGGAAUAAAAAGUUCGAGUUGUCUAUGUAGUACUCGCCUUGUUUUAACAGUUAUAUGCUUGCGUGAUUUAUCGAUUCACUGUAGUAAUUGUCUUUCUGAGGAAAGCCAGAAACACUAGUCUGUACAACCGUUCACCAACGGGAUGGUUGCCUUUGCGACCAAAUUGAGCGUUCAGUACUUUAAGGGGUUAGCAUGUUACUUUGACAGCGAUAAUGUAAUGGUCGUAAUUCUUCCAGAGGUUUAACAUUUAACUUGGGCAGCGAUAAUGUGAUGAUCGUAAUUCUUCCAGGGGGUAACAAAAUAAAUUUGUCAGCGAUAAUGUGAUGGUCAUAAUUCUUCCCGGGGGUUAGCAUGGAACUUUGACAACUAUAAUGUGAUGGUCGUAAUUCUUCCAGGGGGUUACCACAGAAAUUUAAAAGCGAUAAUGUGAUGGUCGUAAUUCUUCCAGGGGCCAUGGAACUCCGACAGCGACAAUGGACGAUCAUAAUGCCUUAAGGGGGUUGGCGCGGAUUUAGGUUGAUUUAAGAUGCUAGGUGAUCUUUGCUUGAAAUGGAGAUUUGAAUAAAGAAUAUUAAGUCCUUUUUACUCCUAUGAGUGUUUCAAUACCUUAAAACUAUAGAAGUUUGACAAGAUGCUGAUACUACGGUACCCAAGUAAGGGAACUAAGUAUUUGCCGUAUGAUGAAAAAACUAAGACGCAGUUCAUUCUUUGUCCGUCCACGAGUUUUCUAAGAUUUAGCCCAGAUGCUUUAUAUUUUUGUCGAAUUUGUAGAAAAUGUUUGAGCGCAGGAUCUCGAUUAUUCAUUUAUAUCAAUAAUAAAGUUCUGGGCAUUUACGGUAAUAAUGGGUGAUAGAUGUCUUGUCUUGUGAAUAGAACUCACGACUAGUUUUUGGUAUAUUCAAUCAAUCACUAUGGCUCCGUGAGACGCAGUGAUUGAUAUCAGUGACCAAUGACCUAUAACUACGCUAUUGAGGGCAAUUGAUCAACGAUGGCAAUUGUAUUGAUGCUCAAUAAAAGUAGACAUGGUUUUUGGUUCCAAUUCCAGCAAGCCCUGUAACUCUUCAAAGCGUUUUAAGUAAUUAAAAUAUCACUUACUUCAACGGUAAAGGAAAACAUCACGAUGAAACCUGAUAAAACCUGCGGGCUUAAACUCUUCUCUCGUACUGGGCCGGUAAUGGGUAGAUAUGAUGAUGAAGAUGGCGACUUAUAAUAUAUAGGAAAACACCCAGACACUGGAAAACAUUAAUGUACAUCACACAAACAUUUUCCAUUAGUGGGAAUCGAACCCACAGGCUUGGACUCAGAAAGUACGGUCACUGGCCAAUCAGCCGUCAAGCCGUCAAGUUAAAUGACUAUACUUUAUUAAGACUGAUUCAACUAAAGGUAAAUUGAUAGAUUCUUCGGAAAUUAAUUCGAAAUAAUGCACCAUUAUGUGCCGUAUAAAGAAUUGGAUCUAAAGUUGGCGUAUAAGAAACGCAAAAAUGGAGCUCAGAGUUUGGAUACUUAGAAUCCCAUGAAAGUGAGGUCUUUAAAAUUAAGGUCAGGUAAUAUACUUAUAUUUUAAAAUUAAGGUUGAAUGCGUGUAACAAAAAACAUAUUUUUUAUGGUUUUCAACUCAGAUUAAUAAUUAAUACCUUUUAAAUUCACGAUAGCACUUCCAAGCAGACCCAAUAAAAACAUCUCUGACUUUUGAGACUUUAUUUAAAAAUACUAUUUUUAAAUUAGUGCAAUAAUAAGCAAUAAAACUUUACUACUAAGCUGUUGAGUUAUUUAAAUAAUAAAUAUUUUUGUACUUAUUUUAGAAAUGAGUUUUUAUUUUCCCGGCGGCAUGAGCUCUGAGUAUUGAAGCGGUGAUAGCGCGUUAGGUAGGAGCUCGACUUCACUUUCCGG